GGGGCCUCCCUCCGGCCUGCGCCCAAGCUGUCGGGGCUCGUGAGCCGGCCGAGAGCCGCGUUUGGGGAGACCGCGUGGACCGGCUGGGUGAGGGGGCUUCACGUCCACAUUUAUGUUGCGGAACUGGAGAGUUGGAAGCGGCUCUCCGCCUGCGUGGGAAUCAGGCUCGUGGGGACAUUGAUCCGGCCCCAGAUGUCGCCGUAUCUGGUGGCUUGACUGCAGGAUGGAUCCAGCGCCCUCUUCGGUCCGUCUUGCUGUUCGAGAUGCCAUCCACACCCUUUCAUCCUCUGAGGAUGGCGGCUGCAUCUUCUCCACCCUGGUGUCCCUGAAGCGCUACCUCGGUGAAGCAGAGGCCCUCCCUGGAGAGAGAGAGGAGUUUGCCAGGCUCCACUUCUCCCCGCUCCUCAGAUGCCUGGUCAGCAAGCUGAGCCCCGACUGGCUGCAGCUGUUACCCGCUGGCCAGCUGGAGGAGCUGUGGGCCAGCUUCUUCCUGCAGGGCCCGGCCGACCAGGCCUUCCUGGUGCUGAUGGAGGCCAUCGAGGGCACUGCCGGCCCCAGCUACCGUCUGAUGAAGCUGGCGAGGCUGCUGGAGCAGUUCCUGCACGCGGGCAGGGUGGCCGUGCUGAUGGGGGAGCAGUGUCGGCAGCGGGCGCAGCCCGGCUCCCCCCUGCUCCGGGAGACGCUGCUCAGCAAGGUGGUGUGUCUGCCUGAUCACCUGAGCAACCGCCUGCAGCGUGAGAACCUGGCCCUGUUCCUCCCCCAGGGGUACUUCCCCCUGCUUGGUGAGGAGCUCGUCCGUGCGCUGCACGUGGUGGCGGAUGCUCUGCGAGGCGGUGUGGACUGCUCUGUCGCCUUCGCGUCUCAGGUGCUCGGGAAGGUCUGCGUCCACGGGAGGCAGAAGGAGUUCCUAGGUGUGCUGGUGCCCCGCCUGGCCGCGCUCACGCGGGACGACGCGCUCUGGCAGCGGGUGUGCUGGCACCUGGCAGAGCGUGUGCCUGACCGGGCCAUGGAGGCCGUGCUGAUGGGGCUCGUGGAAGCCGCCCCAGGGCCAGAAGUCCUGUCGCGGUUAUUGGGGAACCUAGUAAUAAAGAAUAAGAAGACCCGCUUUGUGAUGACCCGAAAGCUUCUGUUCUUACAGCAUCGGUGCACGACGCCCAUGCUGCAGAGCCUCCUCGGGUACCUGGCUGCAGAUAGCCAGCGGCGGCCUCUCCUCGUGCAGGCGCUGAAGGAGCUCCUGGAGACAUGGGGCAGCAGCAGCGCCAUGAAACACACGCCGGUGCCACAGCAGCACCAUGUCGGGAAGGCCAUUCUCGUUUGCCUGGCGUACCUGGGGGAGGCGGAGCUCCAGGACAUCCGGGAAGAGCUGCUGGCCAGCAUGAUGGCGGGUGUGCAGAACCACCUGGACAGCAGCCUGCCACCUGUCCGUCGCUUGGGCAUGGUGGUGGCCGAGGCCCUCAGUGCCCGCCUGCACCCAGAGGGCCCGCCCCUCAAGUUCCAGUAUGAGGAAGACGAGCUGACCCGCGAGAUCCUGGCCUUGGUGGCUCCCCGGCCUGCAGACAGUGGCCCCUCCAAUUUGGGUUUGCGUGCAGCACCAGUCGGCCCAGAGACCCGUGCUGACGAUGGCCGGGACGUUGGCAUGCCCCCUGUGCAGCCUGAGGGGGCCGACUCUGAGCGGGACAGUGAUGACGAGUUUGUUCCUUACGACAUGUCGGGAGACAGGGAGCUGAGGAGCAGUAAGGCACCCGUGUACGUCCGGGACUGCCUCGAAGCCCUGAUGACGUCGGAGGACUGGGAGCGCUGGGAGGCAGCCCUGCGGGCACUGGAGGACCUGGUUUACCGCAGCCCCGCAGCUACCCGGGAGGUGAGCGUGGGGCUGGCCCAGGUGCUGUUGCACUUGGAGGAGAAGAUCUGCGUGGCGGGCUUCGAAGCGCUGCGCCGCCGAUCCCUGGUCGCUGUCACUGUCACGGACCCGGCCCGGGUGGCGGAGUACCUGACCACACAGUUCUACGCCGUCAACUACAGCCUGCGGCAGCGCAUGGACAUCCUGGACGUCCUGACUCUCGCUGCCCAGGAGCUGUCCCGACCCGGGCGUGGCAGUACAGCUCUCCAGCGGAGCCCCCCUAGUCCCGGUGGCCAGGGCGAGCCAGCCCUAGCUGCCUCCCAACUCAGUGGCGUGGUGCAUGCAGACUGGCGGGCGGUUGUGGAGACGCGCAUCAGAAGCAAGACCCGGCGGUUCUCUAAGGGUCCCUCCAGGCCAGACCCGGCGUGUGGUCCCAACGAGCUCAGCUCUGUGGUCGGUUGGUUCUUCUUCCCCCUCAUCCGGCACUUUGACAGGCCUCUGGUGACCUUCGACCUUCUGGGAGAUGACCGCCUGGUCCUGGGCAGGCUGACCCACACCCUGGGGGCCCUGAUGUACCUGGCUGUGAACACCACGGUGGCCGUGCCGAUGGGGAAGGCCCUGCUCGAGUUUGUGUGGGUUCUUCGCUUCCACACUGAUGCCUACGUGCGCCAGGGCCUGCUGUCUGCCACCGCGGCCGUCCUGCUGAGCGUGCCCGCAGAGCGGCUGAUGGGGGAGCUGUCGGAGGAGCUGCUGGAGGCCCGGGCCUGGCUGGCAGAUGUGGCUGAGGAGGACCCCGAUGGGGACUGCAGGGCGCUGGCUGUGCGGGUGCUGCUGCUCACCGAGAAGCUCAGGGACAGGCUUCUCCCACACCCUUCUCCCUAGACCCACCGCGGGCCGCCCAGCCUGAA